UCCAAUUUCAAAAUGCCGUUAUCCACUUCCCCAACGGCUCCUGCUCUUCCAUUCUCAUCUCCUUCUCAUUCAAAACCAAAGGGUUCUUCUCAGAGAUGGUUUUCGAUAAAGAAAGAAGUGACUGUCUGCAGUGGAAGAAUUAAUUUUAACAGGAAAUCAAGAAAUGGUGAUUUUGCAAUAAAUUCAGCAUCUAGAGACAGCAGUCCAUCGGUUGGAUUUGAUGUACAAUUUCCCAAGGAUUAUGCUGAACUUCUUCAACAAGCUAAAGAGGCAACUGAAUUAGCUGUGAAGGACAACAGGCAGCUCAUGGAAAUUGAAUUUCCUACUGCUGGAUUGGGAUCUGUGCCAGGUGAUGGUGAAGGGGGUAUAGAAAUGACCGAAAGUAUGGAACUAAUCCGUGAGUUCUGUGACCUCUUCAUAACUCCUGAGAAAGCCACAAGAACCAGAAUAUUCUUCCCAGAGGCUAAGGAAGUUCAAUUUGCAAGAAAUUCAGUUUUUGGGGGAGUCUCAUUUAAGUUGGAUUAUCUGACAAAGCCGUCAUUUUUUGAGGACUUUGGUUUUGUUGAAAAAGUUAAGAUGGCUGACCGAGUUAAGCCAGAAGAUGAGGUUUUCUUAGUUGCUUAUCCAUACUUUAAUGUCAGUGAAAUGCUUGUGGUCGAAGAACUGUACGAAGAGGCCGUAGUAAGCACCUCUCGGAAACUGAUCAUAUUUAAUGGAGAACUUGACCGGAUAAGAUCAGGAUAUUAUCCACCGUUCUUCUAUCCAAAGCUGGCUGCACUUAACAAGACUCUUUUGCCCAAAAUGGAGACUGUAUACUACAUUCACAAUUUUAAAGGACACAAAGGGGGAGUCCUAUUCAGGUGCUACCCUGGCCCAUGGAAAGUGCUUAGGAGAACAAGAAAGGGAUAUAUUUGCUUGCAUCAGCAGGAUUUGAUGCCAUCCCUCAAGGAAGUGGCAUUAGACAUCCUUCCAUCAGCUUAAUAUCUCCUUGUUAAACCAUUAGGUAGUUCUGGUUUCAGUGAACACAGAGGUGAUUCAGAACCAGAGCACCAUUUAGCUUUUAUGCAAGUUGUCAAUUGUCGUACAACAGGUACGUUGUUGGUUUUUCAUUUUGAUAGUUGAUUUUCUCUACAAGAAAGACUUUUCUGAAUUGAUAGUGCUGUUCAUUGCUGUCUAUUGCUACACCAAUGAGUGUAUUUUUUUUUUUUUUUUCCUUCUAAGUAGUUACACUGAGAAGGAAUUCUUGUGCUCCUUCUAAGUAGUUACACAGAGCACCGAUGGAGUAAGCGUGUGUAUGAUGAAAACUUCAAUGUCAGUUCUGUGAAUACUGUCAUGUACUGUUUCCAGCAAUAUUUGGCCUGCAGCUUGUUCAGUCUAAUCUGUACAUAACUUCUUUUU